AUGAGCCUUGACAAGAACGAGAAGACGCUAGAAAGUGUUACGGUCGAUGAAAAGACUACCCUCAGCUCUAUCGAUGCUUCUCGUGGAGAUGAAGCUCUCAAGAUUGUUGGGACAGAGCGUGCUGCAAGUUUCAGCGACGAGUAUAACCUCAAGUUGAGAAGGAAACUGGAUAAGCUCAUUCCUCCACUUUGCGCGGCGGUGUAUUUUACGCAGUUUUUGGACAAGACUUCGUUGAAUUAUGCUAGUAUAAUGGGUCUACCGAUUACAGGACAGCCUUACAACCUCGUGUCCAUGGGCUUUUACCUUGGUUUUCUUUUCUGGGAAUUUCCGACCGUUUACAUUUCGCAGAAAUUGCGGGCCGCCAAGUACCUCGGCGUCAAUAUUGUUGUAUGGGGCGCUGUCCUGAUGCUCCAUGCUGUUGGCACAUCUUUUCCGGCGUUCUUUGUUCUUCGAAUCAUUCUUGGAAUGUGUGAAAGCUGUGUUGCGCCGAUCCUCAUACUUGUCAUUUCAAUGUUCUACAAGAAAGAUGAGCAAGCUACUCGUAUAUCCUGGUUUUACUUUAUGGGGGUCUCUUUCUACGACGGUCAUUUGCUGGCCCCCUACAAGAUCAUCUACAUUCUACUAGGAGGUCUUGCCAUCAUAGUCGGCCUCUGUGUUCUGAUAUGGCUUCCGGAUUCACCUGUACAUGCUCAUUUUCUAACAGAGGAGGAACGAGUCGCGUGUCUAGAGAGAGUAAGAGACGAUCAGGGUGGUACAGAAAACAAAAAACUGAAGAAGGAUCAAGUAAUUGAGGCAUUCACUGAUAUCCGGACGUGGCUUAUUGUGCUGACGACCCUGUUGACAAGCAUUCCGAAUGGCGGUCUGAGCAACUUUAGCAAUAAGAUCGUCAAAGGCUUUGGCUACACGUCUAAGCAAACGUUGAUACUCUCCACUCCCGGUGGUGCCGUUUCCGCCCUCACCACGUUGCUUUGUGGAUGGUGGUCGGACAAAAAGGGGGAAAGAAUGAUGCCUAUAGUUCUUUGCCUCAUUCCCACCAUUGUCGGUGCUGCCAUGCUGAUCGGAUUAAACGGGUCCGGGGAAAAAGGUGCUCUGCUGUUUGCCACAUAUCUCAUCGGAACAUUUGGGAGCUCCUUGUCGACCGUGUACGCGUACAAUGCCAGCAACACUAGCGGCCACACCAAGAAGAGUACCAUCAAUGCCAUGACUCUAGCGUCCUUUAGUCUCGGAAAUAUAAUCGGCACCGAAAUAUUCCAAGAUAAAGACGCCCCUGCGUACAUUCCCGGGAAGAUCGCCAUUAUGGUGCUUCUUACAGUCCAAAUCUUCGUAUGCUUUUGGUUGAGAUGGAUUCAUUUCGGUCUAAACAAGAAGAAGCAAGUACUCAUUGCUGCGGAGAAGGCCCGGAAGGGGUGGACGGAUGAAGAUGUCCAGAGAGAGCGAGAAAGGCAUGCCUUCAUGGACUUGACUGACAAACAGAACAUGUAUUUUGUCUACACUUCUUAG